AUGGAGGCUGAGGUUCAAGACUUUUCGGUACGAAAGCACACCUCAACAACGACAGUAACAAUUAUACUGGACACCGAGGUCAGCACGUCGGACCGUGACUACGCAUACACCGGCUCGACUCUGUACAACACGCACGUCAGCACCACCGUUGCGGGCCCCGACAGCGAGAAGUCUCGGGUCAAGUCUCGGGUCCGCCGUGACUUGCAAAGGAUCAACGAUAGGGUGCUCGAUGACCGAGGCGACUCAACGGAAGAUAUUGUGCCGAAAGGCGACGUGAAGCUCGGCAAUAUGGCCCACUGA